AUGGCCGAUUCCAGCGAGACCCGGCCGGUCGCGCGGGCUACCAAGCCCGUGAGCGAGGCUCUGCUUAACGAGAAGUGGGACCGUGCCAUUUCUUCGAUGAUCAUCAAGUCCUCCCUCGGUUUGUCCUUCGGUGUCGUUUUCUCCGUUCUUCUGUUCAAGCGGAGGGCCUGGCCUGCCUGGGUUGGCCUUGGCUUCGGUGCUGGCCGUGCCUGGGAGGAGGCUGACGCUUCUUUCCGCCGGGGUGAUUCUCCCAUCAGAGAUGCUCUGCGCCGGUAG